UGCCCCUUUUAAUUGCAAGACUAAGCCGUUGGGCUAAAUAAGCGCCAGCUCUUUCAUCACCAGGCGUUAGAACCAAUUUUUGGUACACGAUGUUAAUAAUUUUUAUUCUUCACUUAAAUCUCGAAACAAAACUAAACUGGCAGGUCUAGUAAUUUUCAGGGAAUACAGAGUUAAAAGAAGACCUAUUAAUUUAAUUUAGAGAUUUGUGCACAGCAGAAAAGGCAUCAUUUAUGCAUACUAGUGUUGGAUUCCAGUACAUAGGUAUAAUCAAUGAAUGUGACUGUGUAUGACAUAUGUCAACAAUGACAAAAGAAGUUUUGAGAAAUUGUUGAUAAAAAUUAACAUUAGAUCAUAUAUUUCGGUAAAUUAUUGUUUUUCUUCGAUUUUGAACAUAAUUUAAUUCAUAAAACGUGUAAUUGGUAACAUGAACGUUGUCAAGCAAUUUUGGCGUUCGGCGCCAAGCCGCAGCAUUUUAUUGAAUUAUAAUGUAACUCGAUUGGUCUCGGCUGCUACUAUAACACCCAUACAACGCAUACAAGAACCGCCUUCUCCGGUAGAACUCGACAAAUUGUACAAGAGGGUUGAACUAGAAAUGCGGGGCAUUGACCCCGCUGUGCUUCUGAGCUACUCAUGGUUCUGCAUCGCUGCUGCAUCACAUUUGUGCAUUGAUGUUACAAAAAGCUGGGCGCUGAGAAAAGCAGAAAAAGAGAGGCAUACUUUACUAAGAUGUGUCCACAUCUACAAGAAGCACAGGGUUCAAUAUGAAAUUCGAUCAUACUUCAGAUUCAUACAUCUACAGAGGCUAACUGGUUCAACCUGCGAAACAUAUUUAGAAUACAUUCAACGGAAUCUUCCAGAAGGCUGUGCCUUGAAAGUUACAAAGAUUGAGUGUCUAAGAAUACCUGAUCACAUAACACCACCCAUCAAGGAAAAAUAAGUGUAAAAUAGAAUAAAUUUAUGUAUUGUAAUUUGUAGUAAUAGAAUAAAACCAAUUUUAACUGUA